UUAUUUUUGCCCACCAGAGGACAUUUAGCAAUAUCUGGAGACUUUUUUUUUUUUUUACAACUUGGAGAGGGGUGUUGAUUGCUACUCGUACCUAGUGGGUAGAGAUUAGGGUUACUACUGAACAUCCUGCAAUGUGCAGGAUUCCCCUCUAACAACCAAGAAUUAUUACCCACACCUAAAUGUCAGUAGUGUCAAGGUGGAGAGGCCCUGAUGUAGACCAUAUUUUACAAAGCUUUAUUUGCUCAGUGGAUACUCAGUAAGCAAAUAUUACAGUUGAAGAAUUAGUUCAUAGCGCCAGUGAAAAAUGGACAUUCUUAGACUUUUCUGAUUUGUACUUUUCAGUUUGUUAAUCAGUGGACUAUAGAAGAUACGAAGGGAAAAGGGAGGAAGCAAUGCAAUAGGAAGCCUAUUUCAAAAUCACAAGCAGAUUACCUUUUUAAAAAAGCAUUAAAAAUAUUGAACUUUGGUUAAUAAUAUGUAUGCUGAACUGAUGUCUGCAGCUUUCUCUGAAAUGCAUCAAAGUAAAAGAUUGAUGGAUGGAGAAGAGGGUGAAAAAAUAGAUAUGUAAUAAAGCAAAUACAGUAAAAUGCUGUAGAAUCAAGUGGGUGAGUAUAUAGAGGUUCACUGCAUAAUUCUAUUUUUUAUAUGUUUGACAAUUUUGUAAUGGGAAAUCAAAAGCAGAGAUUUAUACUCUUCUUAAUAGACACUGGAUUUGUAGGAACUGCAUAGCUAAUAUUUUGGGGUGAACUCGGUCAAAUAGUUGAAUGUUCAUCUGAAGAAUGGUGGUUGUUUGGCCCAAAGAAGACAGUAAUAUUGUGAGGUUCAAAUAAAAUUAUGAAUGUGAAUGCACUUGGAAAAGCAUAAAGUGCUCUAAAAAUGUAAGGUGUUACUAUUAGGAAGGAUGAGUAACCAAUUAUAAACCGUGGCUCUAGGUGUUCUUGACAACUCCCUGUGUAGUGCCAUUAGCACUGUUUUAUCUUUAUCUUCUUGCAGUUGGAAGUAAAAACAACCAUUUUCAUAACAAUUUCUGCCAAAUAUUUGUGAAAGAUUUAGAUUACUUUUCUUAAGAAAAAAAAGAAUCUUUCUGUCUUUGUAUAACUUUAAUAUUUUUUCUUGUUUUAUUUAUAGACUGCAAAGAUCUCCAUGUAGGGCAGCAGGAAUCUGCUUUGGCUGAAACAUUGGGCAGGAGCUUUGCCAGUGAGUGGCCAAGAAAGAGGCUGCAUUGUUACACUAUGGAGUUCAAACUUCAGAAGACUUUGGGUUAAGCAGUAACAUUUACUCUGUAAAUGAUUAUGUCUUCACCUGUCCUCUGUGAUCAUCACAAACUAAUGAAACACGCUUUUAGGUCUUAUAAGUUUAGGUUACACAAUUUUCCAUAUGCUCUGGCAGCUGAAACAGGGGCCUAUAAAAAAUGGAACCAAACUCUCUGAGGACUAAAGUCCCAGCUUUCUUAUCUGAUUUGGGGAAAGCCACAUUGAGGGGAAUCAGAAAGUGUCCCCGAUGCGGUACAUACAAUGGAACCCGUGGACUGAGCUGUAAGAACAAGACAUGUGGAACCAUAUUCCGCUAUGGUGCACGGAAGCAGCCUAGCGUUGAAGCUGUCAAAAUCAUAACAGGCUCUGAUCUGCAGGUCUACUCAGUGCGACAAAGAGACCGGGGCCCUGAUUACCGAUGCUUUGUGGAGCUAGGUGUUUCAGAGACAACAAUCCAGACAGUAGAUGGGACAAUCAUCACUCAACUGAGCUCUGGACGGUGUUAUGUCCCCUCCUGCCUGAAAGCUGCCACCCAGGGUGUUGUGGAAAACCAGUGCCAGCACAUCAAGUUGGCAGUGAACUGUCAGGCAGAGGCCACCCCUCUGACUCUAAAGAGCUCAGUUCUGAAUGCAAUGCAGGCUUCCUCAGAAACCAAGCAAACCAUCUGGCAGUUGGCCACAGAACCCACUGGUCCACUUGUACAGAGAAUUACUAAAAACAUACUGGUGGUGAAAUGCAAGGCAAGCCAGAAGCAUAGUUUGGGGUAUUUGCAUACAUCCUUUGUGCAGAAAAUCAGUGCCAAAACCUUGCCUGAGCGCCGUUUCUUCUGCUCCUGCCAGACUCUGAAAUCGCACAAGUCGAAUGCCUCCAAGGAUGAGGCAGCACAGAGAUGCAUUCAUUUCUUUGCUUGCAUCUGUGCCUUUGCCAGUGAUGAGACAUUGGCUCAGGAAUUCUCAGACUUCCUAAAUUUUGAUUCCAGCGGUCUUAAAGAGAUUAUUGUGCCCCAGUUGGGUUGCCAUUCAGAAUCAACAAUAUCAGCUUGUGAGUCUACUCCAUCUAAGGCAAAAAAGAGGAAAAAGGAUGAAGUAUCUGGUGCACAGACGAACAGUUCACUCUUGCCUCAAGAUGCAGUUAGCAGUAAUCUAAGGAAAAGUGGCCUGAAAAAGCCUGUCGUCGCUUCCUCACUGAAAAGGCAGGCCUGUGGUCAAUUGUUAGAUGAGGCACAAGUGACCUUGUCCUUCCAGGACUGGCUGGCCAGUGUCACAGAACGCAUCCAUCAAACCAUGCACUAUCAGUUUGAUGGCAAACCAGAGCCACUGGUGUUCCACAUUCCUCAGUCCUUUUUUGAUGCCCUGCAACAGAGAAUAUCUAUAGGAAGUACAAAAAAACGGCUUCCCAACUCCACCACAGCUUUUGUUCGAAAAGAUGCAUUGCCACUGGGAACCUUUUCCAAGUAUACCUGGCAUAUCACUAAUAUCCUGCAAGUUAAACAAAUUUUAGAUACCCCUGAGAUGCCCUUGGAGAUUACCCGUAGUUUUAUCCAGAACCGGGAUGGAACUUAUGAGCUGUUUAAAUGCCCUAAAGUGGAAGUAGAGAGCAUAGCAGAAACCUAUGGUCGUAUAGAAAAGCAACCAGUGCUGCGACCCUUGGAACUAAAAACUUUUCUCAAAGUUGGCAACACUUCCCCAGAUCAAAAGGAACCAACCCCUUUCAUCAUCGAGUGGAUCCCAGAUAUCCUUCCACAGUCCAAGAUUGGUGAGCUGCGGAUCAAGUUUGAGUACGGUCACCACCGGAAUGGACAUGUGGCAGAGUACCAAGACCAGCGGCCGCCCCUGGACCAGCCCUUGGAACUAGCCCCUCUGACCACCAUCGCUUUCCCUUGAGGCAAAACAAAAGAGUCUUUUGCUGCUAAAUUUGCACAUCUUCACCCCUUGACAACUUUAAAGACUAGUCACCCCUAGUUGACCCCUUGACAACUAGGUACUUAGAUGGCCCUGUUCCUCAGUGAACUGCUUUUAGCUAAGAUGCAAUUUCUUAACACAUCCAGGUGGAUUCUCUUGAAGAAAAACUCUUCUUAUAAAUAGCCUUUUUGGUGCUGCUGUGUAUAGUCUUCAUUAUAAAUGGGGUGGUAUUUCUGGCUAGAGUUUUUAAAGGGAAAAAAAAAAAGAAUAUCAGCUCACUUUCCUUCUUAAAUGAUUCACCUUUGAAGUAGUUAGCAACACUCCACGAUACACUAACAAUGUUGGAUAGUCAAUAAUACCCUGGUUAAGAAGAAUGUUAAGGACCAUCCUGUCAGAGUUCCAGUCAUGCCCUUUUAGUCUGUUACCAAAUAAAGCACAGUGUCACUAGCUUUUCCAAAUUA